AUGGCGGACAGCGAAAACGAAGACCUCGAACUUACCAUUCGAGAACAUACUACAGCCGCUAACCAAGCAAGUACCGCAAGUGUAACGGUGCAGUUAAACGCAAUGAUGGAGGAAAUACGUAUUUUGAAAGCAGCUUUAAGUCAGCAGCAGAAUAACGCAACAUCGACAGCAGAGACGAAUAGCGAAAGGGAGGGCAUGCCAAGCAACACAUUAGCAGCUGCGGUUAGUGAACUGAACCGCGCUCUAUCGCAUGUACCGGCACAGCCUGUGACCAGGCUGUAUGACUUGCCCGAAUUCGAUGGUCGUCCAGAAGACUGGCCCAUGUUUAGGGAAGCGUUUUCUGCCACAACCGAAGAGUAUCGAUAUACUGAGCGGCAGAAUAUGAUUAGGUUGCAAAAGGCACUGAAAGGAAAGGCAAGGGAGACAGUUGAGUGUCUGCUUAUACACAGUGGCAAUGUUAAUCGAGUUAUCGAAACUUUAAAGGAACGGUUUGGGAGGCCAGAGCUUCUCGUCAAAAGCCAAAUCGCUCGUAUUCGCAACGUUCCAAAUAUUCCCGAGAGUAGAAUAGAUCUUAUAAUUCCCUUCUCCACAAAAGUACAAAAUUUGGCUUCUUUCCUUAGUGCAGCUGAAUGCGACCACCACCUUAGCAAUCCAAUUUUAAUGGAAGAGCUUGUAUCCAAGCUGCCAGUGCAGCGCAAGUUGGCAUGGGCCAGACAUUCCUUGACCAUACAACCGCGGCCAACUAUUCAGCAUCUUAGCGAGUGGUUGCAAGAAGAAGCACGCGUUGCUAGUAGUGUUUGCAUCAACGUGGUCGAACCGCAUCGACAAACAGAUCCAAGAUCGGAGAGGCGUCCGAGAUUUUUUCAUGCAACUGAAACGCAAGAGUUGCAUGGAAACGAGUGCAGUAUGUGUUCCGGGAGUCACGAGCUCGAACGUUGCAGUCAGUUUUUAGACCUUCCACAUAAGCAAAAAUGGCGUUUUGUUCGCGAAAGACGUCUGUGCUUUAAUUGUUUGAAAUCUGGGCAUCGAGGCGGUUCAUGUCGUCGCAAACACCAAUGUGACAAUGUGAGGUGCGACAAAAAGUGGCACGCAAUCCUACACGAGCCUCGAUGCUCACGAGAAGAGCAAAGCCAACAAAUACCGCGCAUAUUAACGAAUGCGGAAGCACUUCCCUGUAACCAAAGGCUCUUGUUUAAAAGUAAGUCAGUCGAUUGCUACGCACUUCUUGGUGAAGGGUCAUCAAUAAGUUUGGUGAAUGAGAAACUCGUUACUCAGAUUGGCAUAACAGGGUCUAAAAAAGAAUUAACCUUGCAGUGGUUCGGCAAUAAUACGGCAACUGAGUCGUCAAUGACAUUAAACAUGGAAAUAUCGGGUGUAGGUCAAGGACACAAACGGUUUCCUCUGCUCAAUGAGAGAACUGUAAAGAACCUGCAGCUACCGCGGCAGACGCUCCGAAUCUCGGAACUCCACGUAAGACAACGACACCUGAAGAGGCUGCCUAUAGAAGGGUACACUGGCGUGACGCCAGAUCUGCUGAUAGGGUUAGAUAAUGUGCAUCUAGGCAUAGCUAAGCGUAUUGCCGAGGAUGGUCAUCGGGGCCCGGCUGCAGUGUUGACCAAGCUAGGCUGGGUGAUUUACGGUCCAAUGGGAUACGAGAACGUAGCGAGACAGCAAGUACUUUUGGUGCGAGAACACGCCGCAGAUAAAACGCUCGAGGAUGAAACCAUCGACGAGUUAGUCAAGAACUUUAUAAUAAGCGAUGACUUGAGUGCGUCACCUACUGUCAAACAUGUUGAGCCACAGGAAGAGGUAAGAGCACGCGCCAUAUUAGAGAAUACUACAGUUCGUAUAGGCGAUCGCUUUGAGACGGGGUUGCUUUGGAGAACCGAUGAAGAUAUACCGGAGUACACGCGGGGAAUGGCGGAGAGAAGACUUCUAGCGCUCGAACGGAGAUUUAAAUGCAACGCAGAAUUGAAGCACGAGUAUAUCAAAACGAUGAGGCACUACUUAGCGAAGGGAUAUUCCAGGAAACUCACGAAAGAGGAAACGCUGACAAAACACCCACGGAUAUGGUAUCUUCCCCACUUUGGCGUUUACAACCUAAAUAAGCCGGGAAAAGUACGCCUCGUAUUCGACGCAGCAGCACAAGUCUCCGGAAGAUCGUUGAACUCCUACCUGCUUAGCGGUCCAGAUAUGGGUAAACCAAUGCUAGAGGUGCUUAUGAAAUUUAGACAAAAACCCAUAGCCGUCAGCUCCGACAUCGAAGAGAUGUUUCAUCAGGUGGUAGCACGUGCGGAAGAUCAACCGGCGCAAAGGUUUCUGUGGAGGGAGAAGCCUGAUGAAGAAAUCGUGGAGUACUCCAUGCGCCUAAUGACUUUCGGAGCAACAUGUUCUCCUUGUGCCGCACAAUUUGUGAAAAAUAAGAAUGCGCUUGAGUUUUCUGAGGAAUUCCCUGAUGCCGUCAAUGCGAUUUUAAACAACCAUUAUGUGGACGAUUUCGUUCAUUCCUUUGCAGACGAGGAAGAAGCCGUGCGAAUAGCGAAUCAAGUGCGAUGCAUUCACCAAAAAGGCGGAUUCAACCUAAAAGGGUUUAUAUUGAAUUCACGAAUGGUGCACGAUGCUUUAAACGGAGGCCACGACUUCGGUGUACAGAAAGGUUUCGACAAAUCUAAUGCAGGCUAUCCGAAGGUUUUAGGGAUGCGGUGGGACACGGAGUAUGAUGAGCUCAAGUUCGUUCUCGCUUUCGGUCGCGUCGAUGAAGACCUGUUGCAAGGCAAACGGGCCCCCACUAAGCGGGAGCUAUUACGCGUCACCAUGUCUGUUUUCGACCCCUUUGGCUUUGCAGCGGAAUACGUACUUAAGGCGAAGUUGCUACUGCAAACGGUCUGGCGAGCGAGAACUGAUUGGGAUGAUGAAAUUCCCGUGGAGGCGCAAAAGCUCUGGAGGACAUGGCUAAACAUAUUACAUCAUGUGGACAACAUCAAGGUUCCGCGCUGCUAUGGUACAUUCUUUACAACAGGAGUUGUGGAGCUCCAUGUAUUUGCCGACGCAAGUGAGAUGGCAUUCGCCGCUGUGGCGUACUGGCGAAUCAGCAAUGGGCGUGACGUGAACGUUGCAAUGGUAGCCGGAAAGACGGAAUGUGCACCUCUCAAGCUCACGACUAUUCCAAGAUUAGAACUGCAGGCGGCAGUACUGGCCUCUCGACUUCGGAAAAUGCUGUUGAGUUCUCACGACACCAAGCCGUCACGUGUGGUGAUGUGGACAGAUUCGAAGACAGUCCAAGCGUGGAUAGCUUCCGACCACAGAAGGUACAAGCCCUACGUAGCCCAUAGGGUUGAUGAAAUUCUAGAUGUUACUAAUCAACUCGAGUGGAGAUGGACUCCAGGCGCUCUAAAUCCAGCAGACUUUGGUACGAGACUACAAAGCAGCUCGCGUGAAUGCUCCUGUCUUUGUGGCCCAGACUUCUUGAGAAAAGACGAGUCAUUUUGGCCCAGGCUUGAUGCUGUCGAUGGAACUCGUGAAGAAUUACGGGCCAAGUAUGAGGUAUUCCUCGUCUCGCUGGACGAGGACAUACUGCAGAAGUACUCAUCGUUCCCACGACUCACAAGAAUAGUCCCCUACUUGCGAAGACGACGUCGGCAUAAUUCGAGUGAAUGGUCGUCUUCAAAACGCGUACGCCAUUCCUCAACACACACGUCAACCCGUAGUAUUGCCUCAACGACACCACGUGACCAACCUAAUCAUCGACUUGUAUCAUCGCAUAUGGAAGCAUCAGAAUCAAAACACGAUCAUAGCUGA